CCUUUGCACUCACUCCAACUCCAAGCUUCUUCCAACUGGUACACUUCGUUUGAGGCAUUCUAACAGACGAAGAAGAAGAAGAAGAAAAUGGAAGGGAAAGAAGAGGAUGUGAAGCUUGGGGCAAACAAAUUCUCAGAGAGGCAACCUAUCGGGACAUCGGCUCAGACAGAUAAAGACUACAAGGAGCCACCGCCAGCUCCGCUCUUCGAGCCCGGCGAGCUCCAUUCUUGGUCGUUCUGGAGAGCUGGCAUUGCUGAGUUCAUGGCUACUUUCUUGUUCCUCUACAUCACUGUGUUGACGGUCAUGGGUGUCAACAGGGCACCCAACAAGUGCGCCUCUGUGGGUAUUCAGGGCAUCGCUUGGGCUUUCGGUGGCAUGAUCUUCGCUCUGGUUUACUGCACUGCUGGGAUCUCUGGUGGGCACAUAAAUCCAGCGGUGACAUUUGGACUGUUCUUGGCGAGGAAAUUGUCCCUGACCAGAUCCAUAUUCUACAUGGUGAUGCAAUGCCUGGGUGCAAUUUGCGGCGCCGGCGUCGUGAAGGGGUUCCAGCCAAGGCCGUACCAGAUGCUGGGUGGCGGAGCCAACAUGGUGAAUCAUGGCUACACAAAAGGAGACGGACUUGGUGCCGAGAUUGUGGGUACAUUUGUUCUUGUUUAUACUGUCUUCUCUGCUACUGAUGCAAAGAGAAACGCCAGAGACUCCCAUGUCCCUAUAUUAGCUCCACUUCCAAUUGGGUUUGCGGUUUUCUUGGUUCACUUGGCAACCAUCCCCAUCACGGGAACUGGCAUCAACCCUGCCCGAAGCCUCGGAGCUGCCAUCAUCUACAACGAUGACACUGCCUGGGAUCACCAUUGGGUGUUCUGGGUAGGACCUUUCAUUGGAGCUGCACUUGCUGCGCUUUAUCACCAGAUUGUCAUCAGAGCCAUCCCAUUCAAAACCAGAGGCUAAAACGAAAGCCCUCCUCUAAUAAUUUAUCUCCUCUUUAUAUAUAUAUAUAUAUAUAUAUAUAUUAGGAUCUGGUGGAGUUUGGUUGUAUAAAUUUGCUGGCUUUAAUCAGUGUUUGUUUGUUUC